AAGCUUUGGUUGACGCAGAAGAUUUUGCUCUGUGCGCCGUAUUCAUUAUGAAAGUAUUUCAAACGUCUAUCCUCGCUUUAUUUGGAUUCAAUUUGUCGUAUGUCUUAACUCUAUUAACGUACAACACGGACAGCUGCACUAAUGCGACUUUCUACAGAAGAUUGGAGAUGCAUGAUCUGAUGUUUGCCGGGAGUCUGAUAGAAGAGAUCAGCCUGGUGGACAUGAGGGCUGAGUGCUUCUCUCAGUGUCAGUGGCGGGUAACGUGUAACAUGGUCUUGUACAACCCCCUUAUUAGAAAGUGUAAAUUGUACACUGAAGCCUUUGAUUCGAGCAGUGAUGACUCUGUUGAAACCGGAUGGGAGUACUAUGGAAUUUCAUGUGCCGACUUUACACUUGAAAAUACACGUGCCGAUGUUAACGUCAUCAACACUGACCCUAAAGAUGUCUGCAACACCAACAUCAUUGCCUCCGAUGACAACACGUCAUCCUGUUAUACAGGUGCAUCAUGGGAAGUGGUGCCAGUCAAGUGUGUGUCAUGCUAUAUAGGCAUGGCAAGGCAAUCCAUGAUUCCAUCCAUGGAAUAUUCAGAAGAACUGAACUUUGACCUUGCUGCAGGGAUGAAGUUUAGACUGGCAGUGUCUGGAGACACGACUGAGUACAACUACAUCUUGUUUGAAGCCCCUAACACGGACCUUGUGUACAUGUUGUCUUUGAGAUGGAGCAACAGCCCAACUCGAGCCGUCUUCAAUGCACGGCAGGGGGGAGCCUUUGGUACAGAAGAAGUAGAGCUUGGUAUUUCAGUCAUUGACAUAAGCAACUACGUCAUUGAAAUCCACAUCAGUGAUUCUGAUUUCAUGGCGUAUACUGACGGGAUUCUGUUGAUGACCAACCAGAUGCGUCUCCCUUUCACUGGCGUCCGACGUGUCACUGUACGAGGUCUUACGGCACUGCACAGUUUCCACAUUGGCUAUGUGCUGUGCUGAUUUCCACUCAUGACAUUCCACAAUUACCCUGCAUCAAGAUAUGACUCUGUGUAGACAUCAUUCUUUGUGUGGCCUUCAAACAUGAUCACACCGAUUAUGUAUCUAGGUUUGUCAGCACCAUACCCGUGCUCGAGGGUUUCACCGAAGUGGUAAACGUCUGAGACCUGCACCACUUCGAGCUUUCCUCCAACAUUAGCUGACGCGCCGUGAUAUGACCGGACUAAUGUUAAAAGCGGCGUUAAACCUAACUCACUCACUCACUCAAAACAGACCAAACAAUCAUAUUCGUAAGAAAGCUCUGCCAAAAGUAGUGGCCAACAUACGAUUCCAACUAAAACAUGGUAUAUGUUUAUGAAUCGCUAUAAAAAAGAUGAUGCCAGAUGCUCGCGAAAUGGUGAGGCAAUCCUGCUCCACUGGUAUAGCUAUCAAGCUAGCUUAUGUAGAGGAGAUAUUAUUGAAGUUACCUUAUUGAAGUUAAAUAAUGAAAACUACAUCAAUGGAAUACAUUCAAGUGAGUGAGUGGGUUUGGUUUUACACCGUUUUUAGCAACAUUGCAGCAAUAUCACGGCGGGGAAUACCACAAAUGGGCUUCACACAUUGUACCCAUGUCGGGAAUCAACACCGGAUCUUCGACGUGACGAGCGAACGCUUUAACCACUGGGCCACACGAUCGCCCCUGAUACAUUUAAGAAAAAGAUACAAUUAUUUAUCAGAACACUAUUAACGAAAUAAUUACAGUGCUGAAUUUGUUGUUUGUGGUCUUCAUGCUGUUACUCAAAUAUCCUCUUACCAAGGUUCAAGUUUCUAAUCGAAUCGAAUACCACCUAACUCAAUUGGGACAUAAACGUAAAAAAAUAUUGUCAUAGAAUCCCUUGCAAUAUAGAAUUCUUGUGUAAAUAUUAUCUCCGGAAUUGGCAAAUGAUCUACUCUCGUGCUACCAUUAUCUCUGAUACAUGAAAAUUGGUCUCCCUUUGUUCAAAAUUGUAUCUGAUAUGGGGGAAAACGGUCCCUGCUAAAGACAAAAAUGGCAAACAGCAUCUCAGUUUCUCGGCAGAGGCGUGAGUGAAUGAGUGAGUUUGGUUUUACGCCGCUUUUAGCAAUACCAGCGCCCCUCUCGGCAGAGGAAGCUACGUAGGAUGUGAUAGAUGUUUGGUUGGAAUGAAUGUUUGACAUAAUGCCCAGACGUUACAUCACCGCUACCGAAGCUCAUAAAUCCAUACUGGUCAGAUAUUGUAUGACCAGCACAGUAACCAGUCUCUCACCUUGAUACAUUCUGUUUCCAAAUGACAAAUUGUUUCACACUCGGCUGAUCAUUGUCGACUUUUCUAGACUUGAUCUGUUUUACAUAGUAUUUGGUGUAAUACUUUUGACUGUUUAGUGGAAUUUUGUAGCUUGUAGACGAUAGAAAUUCAAUCCAUACUUGACAGGUUUUCUUUGACAAGCACAGUAACCGGUCUCUCAUCUUGACACAUUCUGUUUGAAACUGACACAUUUUAUGGUAUUCGGCUGACAAAUGUCGCCUUUUUCUAGAUUUGCUGUAUUUUAUGCAAUAUUUGGUAAAAUAAUCGCUUGACUGUUUAGCAGAUUUUUGUUAGCUAAUAGGAAAUAUGAAAACAAUGAAAACUGGUCAGAUAUUCUAUGACAAGCACAGUAACCGGUCUCUCUCCUUUACACAUACUGUCUCAAAAUGACAAUUUUUUGGCACUAAGCUGACAAAUGUCGACUUUUCCUAGAUUUGCUGUAUUUUAAAGAUUAUUUGGUGCAAUAAACGUUUAACUGCAAAGUGGAAUUUUUCAGCUUGUAGGAAAUAUGAAAACAAUCCACAUUGGUCAGAUAUUCUUUGACAAGCACAGUAACCAGUCUCUCAUCUUAACACAUACUGUCUCAAAAUGACACAUUUUCGGCACUCUGCUGAUCAUUGUCGACUUUUCUAGACUCACUGUAUUUUACAUAGUAUUUGGAAUAAUAUACUUUUGACUAUUUAGUGGAGUUUUGUAGCUUGUAGACUAUAGGAAAACAAUCCAAACUUGUCAGAUAUUCUAUUACAAGCACAGUAAUCGGUCUCUCACCUUGACACAUUCUGUUUCAAAAUGACACAUUAUUUCGCACUUGGCUGACAAAUUUCGCCUUUUUCUAGAUUUGCUGUAUUUUAAAAAAUAGUUGGUGGAAUAAACUUUUGACUGUUUAGCUUAAUUCUGUAGCUUGUUGGAAAUAUGAAAACAAACAACACUGGUCAGAUAUUCUUUGACAAGCACAGUAACCGGUCUCUUACUUUGGCACAUUCUGUUUCAAAAUGACACAUUUUUAGCUUUUAGCUGACAAAUGUAGACUUUUUCUAGACUUCCUGAAUGUAAAAGAAUAUUUGGUGCCAUAAACUUUUGACUGUUUAGUGGAAUUUUGCAGCAUGCAGGAAAUGUGAAAAGAAUCCAAACUGGUCUGAUAUUCUUUCACAAGCACAGUAACCGGUCUCUCAUCUUGACACAUUCUGUUUCAAAAUGACUUAUUUUUGGUCCUCUGCCGACAAAUGUCGCCCGUUUCUAGAUUUGCUGUAUUUGAUAUAAUUUUUGGUAAAAUAAACGUUUGACCGUUUACUAGAAUUUUGCAGCUUGUAGAAAAUAUGAAAACAAUGAACACUGGUCAGAUAUUCUAUGACAAGCACAGUAACUGGUCUCUCAUCUUGACACAUUCUUUCUCAAAAUGUCACUUUUUCUUGGCAUCCGGCUGACAAAUGUCGCCUUUUUCUAGUCAUACUGUAUUUUACAAAGUAUUACAGAUGAAUAAACUUUUAACUGUUCAGUGGAGUUUUGUAGCUUGUUGACAAUAGUAAAACAUUCAAUACUGGUCAGAUAUUCUAUGACAAGCACAGUAACCGGUCUCUCAUCUCGACACAUUCUGUUUCAAAAUGACACAUUUUUUCGCACUUGGCUGACAAAUGUCGCCUUUUUCUAGAUUUGCUGUAUUUUAAAAAAUAGUUGGUGGAAUAAACUUUUGACUAUUUAGCCUAAUUCUGUAGCUUGUUGGAAAUAUGAAAACAAACAACACUGGUCAGAUAUUCUUUGACAAGCACAGUAACCGGUCUCUUACUUUGGCACAUUCUGUUUCAAAAUGACACAUUUUUAGCUUUUAGCUGACAAAUGUAGACUUUUUCUAGACUUCCUGAAUGUAAAAGAAUAUUUGGUGCCAUAAACUUUUGACUGUUUAGUGGAAUUUUGCAGCAUGCAGGAAAUGUGAAAAGAAUCCAAACUGGUCUGAUAUUCUUUCACAAGCACAGUAACCGGUCUCUCAUCUUGACACAUUCUGUUUCAAAAUGACUUAUUUUUGGUCCUCUGCCGACAAAUGUCGCCCGUUUCUAGAUUUGCUGUAUUUGAUAUAAUUUUUGGUAAAAUAAACGUUUGACCGUUUACUAGAAUUUUGCAGCUUGUAGAAAAUAUGAAAACAAUGAACACUGGUCAGAUAUUCUAUGACAAGCACAGUAACUUGUCUCUCAUCUUGACACAUUCUUUCUAUAAAUGUCACAUUUUCUUGGCAUCCGGCUGACAAAUGUCACCUUUUUCUAGUCAUACUGUAUUUUACAAAGUAUUACAGAUGAAUAAACUUUUAACUGUUCAGUGGAGUUUUGUAGCUUGUUGACAAUAGUAAAACAUUCAAUACUGGUCAGAUAUUCUAUGACAAGCACAGUAACCGGUCUCUCAUCUCGACACAUUCUGUUUCAAAAUGACACAUUUUUUCGCACUUGGCUGACAAAUGUCGCCUUU